CAUACUCUUUGCAGACAUCGAGGGCUUCACCAGCCUUGCGUCUCAGUGCACGGCGCAGGAGCUGGUCAUGACGCUGAACGAGCUGUUCGCCCGCUUCGACAAGCUGGCCUCGGAGAACCACUGCCUUCGUAUAAAAAUCCUUGGGGACUGUUACUACUGUGUGUCAGGGCUGCCUGAGCCACGGGCUGAUCACGCCCACUGCUGUGUGGAGAUGGGAGUAGACAUGAUUGAGGCCAUCUCGCUGGUGAGAGAGGUGACAGGCGUGAAUGUGAACAUGAGGGUGGGCAUCCACAGUGGGCGAGUUCACUGCGGGGUGCUUGGCCUUCGCAAGUGGCAGUUUGAUGUGUGGUCCAAUGAUGUGACGCUUGCCAACCAAAUGGAGGCCGGAGGGAAGGCUGGGCGUAUCCACAUCACAAAGGCCACACUGCAGUAUCUGAACGAAGACUACGAGGUGGAGUCGGGGUUUGGAGGAGAGAGGAAUGCAUACCUUAAGGAGAACAACAUUGAAACCUUCUUGGUGCGCUGCAGCCAGAAGAGGAAAGAGGAGAAAGCCAUGUUGGCCAAGAUGCAGCGAGCACGUGCAAAUUCUGCCGAGGGAUUGAUGCCACGCUGGGUGCCUGACAGAUCCUUCUCCAGAACCAAGGAAUCCAAAGUCUUCAGGCAGAUGGGCAUCGAUGAAGCAUCCAGCAAAGACAACCGCUGUGCUCAGGAGGCCCUGAACCCCGAGGAUGAGGUGGAUGAGUUUCUUGGACGGGCCAUCGAUGCGCGUAGCAUCAACCAGCUGAGGAAGGACCAUGUCAAGAAAUUCCUACUCACAUUUCAGACACCCGACCUCGAGAAAAAGUACUCCAAAAAGAUCGAUGAUCGUUUUGGAGGAUACGUGGCCUGUAUACUCCUUGUUUUCUGCUGCAUCUGUUUCAUCCAGAUUAUCAUUUUCCCAAAGACAAAAGUUAUGCUCGGCCUUUACAUCACCAUCUUCAUCAUCCUUGCCAAUAUUCUCUUCAUCAGUGCCAUCUACUCCUGCAUCAAACUCUUCCCAAAUGCCUUGCAGACUCUUACCAAGAAGAUUGUCCAGUCUCGUGCACACAGCACUUUGGUGGGUGUCCUCACCAUCCUCCUCCUCUUCAUUUCCUCCUUUGCAAACAUGUUUACCUGCUACAGAGAGAAUCUGAAUGCGUGUUUGGAGCUGAACACACCAAUGAAUAACUGUUUGCUGUACAACCUGACCAAGACAGCAAAGGACGGUUUGAUCGUGUGUCCCAACCAGGAGGACACGACCUGCCAUUUCCCCGAGUAUUUCAGCUACAGCGUACUGCUGACCCUGCUGGCCUGCUCUGUGUUCCUCCACAUCAGCAGCAUUGGGAAACUGGCAUUAAUGCUGUUCAUCCAGCUCACUUUUCUUCUUCUGGUGGAGUGGCCUCAGGUUGUCCUGUUUGACAAUGCAGACCUGCUGGUUCGUGCCCUGAACACCCUGCAAGUCUCUAAUAUUUCCCAACAACAGCCUCGUUCCAAUGAAACUGCUGAACAGUGCCUGGAGACCGUGACCAAGGUGCCCCUUAAGGUCUUGACCCCGAUAAUUCUCACAGUGUUUGUUCUGGCUCUCUAUUUGCACGGCCAGCAGGUGGAGUCCACUGCACGCCUUGACUUCCUCUGGAAGCUGCAGGCCACAGAGGAGAAGGAGGAGAUGGAAGAGCUGCAGGCCUACAAUCGCCGCCUGCUUCACAACAUCCUGCCCAAGGAUGUAGCCGCCCACUUUCUAGCACGGGAGCGUCGGAAUGACGAGUUGUACUACCAGUCAUGUGAGUGUGUCGCUGUCAUGUUUGCCUCCAUCAGCAACUUUUCAGAGUUUUACGUUGAGCUGGAGGCUAACAACGAGGGGGUGGAGUGCCUCAGACUGCUCAAUGAGAUCAUCGCCGAUUUUGACGAGAUCAUCAGCGAAGAACGGUUCCGUCAGCUGGAGAAAAUCAAGACCAUUGGCUCCACCUACAUGGCAGCCUCUGGCCUCAAUGACUCCACCUACGACAGAGAGGGUCGCUCACACAUCUUAGCUCUGGCCGAUUACGCCAUGAGACUCAGGGAGCAGAUGAAAUACAUCAAUGAACACUCCUUCAACAACUUCCAGAUGAAGAUAGGGUUAAACAUGGGCCGGUUGUAGCAGGGGUGAUUGGA